AUACUGCUGCCAGGCUCAUCCACCUUACUAGCCGUUCAGUGUCUGCUACACAUCUCUGCCAAUCCCUCCACUGGCUUCCACGCAGUGUCCUCCAUCCCUCUCUGCCAAUCCCUCCACUGGCCUCCACUCAGUGUCCUCCACCCCUCUCUGCCAAUCCCUCCACUGGCUUCCACUCAGUGUCCUCCACCCUUCUCUGCCAAUCCCUCCACUGGCUUCCACUCAGUGUCCUCCACCCCUCUCUGCCAAUCCCUCCACUGGCUUCCACUCAUGUCCUCCACCCCUCUCUGCCAAUCCCUCCACUGGCUUCCACUCAGUGUCCUCCAUCCCUCUCUGCCAAUCCCUCCACUGGCCUCCACU